CGCGGGCUGCCCCAGAGACUGGGCCAGGCUCCGGCCAAGGCUUCCCCACCGCUACCCCUCCCUGGAGGACAGUGCCCCGGGGAAAUGCGUUCUCCCGACAGGACGGAGGACUGGCCGGGAAGGAGACUGUGCCUGAGAGAUGCCACAUUCCUGCAGCCCCUGGCAUCCAGUGGAGCAGCCUCAGUGGAGGUGGUGUGGAUAAUUGGGUGAACAAGGAUGCAUCGACCUCCAAAGGAGACUGCUGGAGGACCCUGGCCCAGCCUGGCAGCUGAGCUCCUGUUGGACUUGGGACAGCAGGUAAAACUUGGUGCAGAGCUCGUGAGAGAAGCAUGGCUUACUCCAGUGUUUUCUCCUUGCUCAUCAGACUGGUUGGGGCUUUGGAAUUUAAAGUGAGUUGGUAGAAAAGGAGUUUAUAGAAAUUGAAACCCCUAGAAGCUUCUAUAAUCCAUUGACUGGAUCCCCACAUACUGCUUAGAACACAGAGAAAGGCCGUGAUCCAAUUGAGCUUUGUAUCCUUCUAAGUGAAGGAAGGCAUUUCAGCAAGCAGCUCCAGCAUUUUAGCCAGAAAGAGCCUCCUGUCACAUGGAGUUGGAAGGGGACGACGACGUGCAACAUCCUGUUUUCUGAGGCCCUCAGCGACAGAGGAGAAGGACACUGGCUUUUCCUUCCAAGAUGCCAGUUUGAAAGAAGCAUGAGCCAUUCCAAGCAUCAAGGAGAGUUCAGGAGGCAGAAGAGUCGGCAGCCCUCCCAGGGCAGGUGAGGAAAAUGGACAGAGUCCCCAGCUGAGCAGGUCGGUGAGUAAGGACUUUCUCUGAUGCGGUGACCUCACCGGGGCAGAAAGUGUCCCUGGGCCGUGCAACCUGACAGAAUGAGGUGGACUGGGGAAGCAGCCACCUGGCACUCGGCCCUUCCUGAUUGCCCCAGUAUCGCCCAGCCAGCCCCAGACCACUGAGUCAACAAUGGCCGAGAAAGGCGACUGCAUCGCCAGCAUCUAUGGCUAUGAGUUGGGUGGGCGCUUCGUUGACUUUCAGCCGCUGGGCUUCGGUGUCAAUGGGCUGGUGCUGUCGGCCAUGGACAGCAGGGCCUGCCGGAAGGUGGCCGUGAAGAAGAUUGCCCUGAGCGACGCUCGCAGCAUGAAGCACGCGCUCCGGGAGAUCAAAAUCAUCCGGCGUCUGGACCAUGACAACAUCGUGAAGGUGUAUGAGGUACUGGGACCCAAGGGCACAGAUCUGCAGGGUGAGCUCUUCAAGUUCAGCGUGGCCUACAUCGUCCAGGAGUACAUGGAGACAGACCUGGCACGUCUGCUGGAGCAGGGCACACUGACAGAGGAGCACGCCAAGCUGUUCAUGUACCAGCUGCUCCGCGGGCUCAAGUACAUCCACUCUGCCAACGUGCUGCAUAGGGACCUGAAGCCCGCCAACAUCUUCAUCAGCACAGAGGACCUUGUGCUCAAGAUUGGGGAUUUCGGGUUGGCACGGAUCGUAGACCAGCAUUACUCACACAAGGGUUAUCUGUCAGAGGGACUGGUGACAAAAUGGUACCGCUCUCCACGACUGCUCCUGUCCCCCAACAACUACACAAAAGCCAUUGACAUGUGGGCUGCUGGCUGCAUCCUAGCCGAGAUGCUCACGGGGAGAAUGCUCUUUGCUGGGGCUCACGAGCUGGAGCAGAUGCAGCUCAUCCUGGAGACCAUCCCCGUGACCCGAGAGGAGGACAAGGACGAGCUGCUCAGAGUGAUGCCCUCCUUCGUCAACAGCACCUGGGAGGUGAAGAGGCCUCUGCGCAAGCUGCUUCCCGAGGUCAACAGUGAAGCCAUCGACUUUCUGGAGAAGAUCCUGACCUUUAAUCCCAUGGACCGCCUAACAGCUGAGAUGGGGCUGCAGCACCCCUACAUGAGCCCAUACUCUUGCCCCGAGGAUGAGCCCACCUCGCAACACCCCUUCCGCAUCGAGGAUGAGAUUGAUGACAUCCUGCUAAUGGCUGCCAGCCAGAGCCAGCUCUCCAACUGGGACAGGUAUCCCGUGAGCCUCUCGUCGGACCUGGACUGGCGUCCCGACCGCUGCCAGGAUGCGAGCGAGGUGCAGCGCGACCCUCGAGCGGGCUCGGCGCCGCUGGCCGAAGACGUGCAGGUGGACCCGCGCAAGGACUCGCAGAGCAGCUCCGAGCGCUUCCUGGAGCACUCGCACUCGUCCAUGGAGCGCGCCUUCGAGGCCGACUACGGGCGCUCCUGCGACUACAAGGUGGGGUCCCCCUCCUACCUGGACAAGCUGCUGUGGCGGGACAACAAGCCGCACCACUACUCGGAGCCCAAGCUCAUCCUGGACCUGUCGCACUGGAAGCAGGCGGCCGGAGCUCCCCCUUCCGCCGCGGGGGCCGCGGACGCGGUGGCGCGCGAGGACGAGCCCUCCAGCCUCUUCCUGGAGAUCGCGCAGUGGGUCCGGAGCACGCAGGGCGGCCCGGAGCCGGCCAGCCCGCCCCCUGGUAGUCCCGAGCGCCGCCUCUCUGCCGCGCCCCCUGGCCCCCCGGCCCCGCUCCACGGAGGUGCCAGCCCCCAGUUCGACUUGGACGUGUUCAUCUCCCGGGCCCUGAAGCUCUGCCCCAAGCCCGAGGACCUGCCAGACAAUAAACUGGGCGACCUCAAUGGCGCUUGCAUCUCUGAACACCCAGGCGACCUUGUGCAGACAGAGGCCUUCUCCAAAGAAAGGUGGUGAGCUCAGAGGGGGUGGCUCAAGGACCGACCCCAGAGAGCUGGACACAGUCAGAGGAGGCCACCUCCUUGCCCCCUCCCCACCCCUUCGGCCCCCCUCUGCUGCUGCCUUAAGGUUAGCAGAACACACGAGGAUCCGAGGAGCGAGAGGAAUGUCCAUUUCUUAAACUGCCUUAAUAAUUAGCCUUUAACCUCUGGGAACAGGUUUGAGCAGAGCCUGGCUGGAAGCUAUCACUUUCCCAGCGAAGGGAAUGCUUAUGUCUUACAAGUGGCAGUGUGCAGGGAAGAAACAGGUCUUGACAGUAAUUUGCAGCCCCUACCUGAGCGGUGGGGUGCACAAACAGCUUGCAGACAUAGUUUCCAAGCCAUGUGGCCCCUUCUAGCCUCUGCUGACAGAUGAGGAGAGACAGACACUUAGGCCCAAAGAAGCAAAAUGGCUGGCUUAGGAUCCCAGGCCUAGUGAGUGCCAGGGCGAGUUCUGAAUCCCCAGCUCCUUCCUAGACCGGGGUCUGCCUAUAGUACAAUGUCUUUCUCUGCUGAGGCCUAGGUUCUUGGUUAGAAAACUUGGUCCAAGAUGUUUCUUUCUUAUCUAUUACCAUCUUCCCCAUCCAGUGUCCCUUUAUUUGGAGAAAUGUUUCUUGUAUUCUGAAAUUGGAAACUGAACCGGUUUCUUUUGCCUAGUCACCAAGCAUAUAUUUUCUGACUCCCCAAAGUGCUUCAAUGCCCUCAUUGGCCAUCUCCCUGUAUUGCCUCAACCCUACAUGAUCUGAAGUCUUUGCUUCUGAGCAGUUUGGCAUCCACAGACAAGUUCAGUCAUCCUCCUAGAACUGUCUAUAAACCCACCUCUUGCAUGCCCUAUGCACUUUGCUGAAACACACCAAGACACAGCCCCUCUCCCCAGUGAUGUCACACACGGGUGACUUUGAAGACAGCAGCUCCAAGAUCCCUGUAGUUCACCCCAGAAUCCAACCAACCCCAUCCACAGGCUCCUCUCCAUCCCUACCUCAGCACCAAAUGUUCUUGGCACAAAUUGCUGGCUUUGGAGGAAGCAGUAAGGUGCCUGCCAUGGAGCAAAUGCAUGAUGAAGGAAGGCCACAUAGAACCCUUCACUAAUGCUGCACUUGCUGUUGACCAUCACUUAACCUUGGCCACGAACAGGUCCUAAAGAAACGCAUGGAGAAUAGCAAUCUUGAGACAGGAAACCCAGAAAGAUAAGCAGGUGGUAAAGAAGGAGUGCCCACCUCAAGGGACCUCAGGAGUCAGGCAUUGACAUGGAGACCCCAUGGCAAAGAACAACCCCAUCUCAAAGCAGUCUUGGAGUGCAAGGCCCUCUACAGAAGCAUGGGGUGGGAACCCACUAACUGCCCCCAGCCAGAUCCCUGAACACUGUCAUUUCUUCUCCUCCUUCCCCUGCCCCUGUCAGGACCCUAAAGACCCCCACAGGAAGUCUAGCCAGUCUAGUAUGAGAGGAUUCCCUGGGCUUGACCUGUGUUACCCUCAUAUCGCAGCACCUUAAAUCUAAUUAGCAAACUAUGAUUUGUACAUUGAAACCUGCAAUAUGUUAGAAACUUAUAUUUAAAAACAGAAUUAAUCACACACAGUUUUAAUAUGUAAAUAUGAAGUGUUUAUGUUCUGCUUUUUCUCUCCUUUAAGAAAAUGAAAUGCACCCCACACUCCUCAUGUGCCAUUGUGUCCUCAGAGGGCAGCUUCACUUUCUGAGUAAAGAACAAGCUGCUGACUUGACCACAAGUUCAUAUAGAAUUGCUAUUACAGAGGAAUUGUUAUAACUGCUCACAUUUUAAGAAAGUAUAUUAAACAUUGUUAAGCUUGAUCAGGAUGAGCCAAAUAAAAGUUCUUUUGGAACAUGGA